AUGAAAGGGGCAGAGAAGCCGGGUCCCUUCCAAAAAGCACGACGCCAAAGUCAAUGUAAACCUUCAAAUACGUUGCUGCCAAGUUGCCAACCCGUGAUUAGACCCUCCAUUAGUGACGUCCCGUGUUCUGCAGCUUGUGAUGCCGAUGGUAGGGUAACACAUGUUUCGUUGCCCUCUAAGCGGCUCCAAGGAAGCAUUUCUCGCUCUCUUGGAAGCCUCACACAUCUUUCGCACCUCAAUCUAUCCCACAAUCUGCUUUCCGGUCCUCUGGAAGCUGGACUCUUCUUGUCCUUGAGUCGCCUUGAAAUCCUUGAUUUGAGCUAUAACCAUCUCUCCGGAGAUUUACCUUCGUUUCUAUCAUCUAGUUACAUUCAAAUAGCGGAUUUGUCGAACAAUCAAUUCAAUGCUACAAUUCCUUCUUCAUUCCUCCAGCAUGCCUGGAAUUUGAGCAGUUUGAAUGUCAGCAAAAAUCAGUUUACAGGCCAAAUACCUUCCUCUUUCUGUCUUCGUUCUUCUUCGAUUAGAGUGUUGGAUUUCUCCAACAACGAUUUUAAUGGUUCAAUUCCUCUCGGACUAGGAAACUGUUCGAAAUUGGAAACCUUUCGUGCGGGCUUCAAUACUCUCUCUGGAACUCUUCCUAGUGAUCUCUACAAAGCUCAGGCUCUUCAUGAAAUUUCGUUACCUUCCAAUCAGCUUUUUGGUCACAUUAGUGACAACAUUGUCAACCUUACCAGCCUCACAAUCCUAGAGAUCUACUACAAUCAUUUGAGUGGCGCACUUCCUCUCCACAUCGGGAAGCUCUCCAAAUUAAAACUCAUGCUCUUUCAUCUCAACAAUCUUGAAGGUCCUUUGCCCCCAUCUUUGAUGAAUUGCACUAACCUUAUCGAACUCAAUCUUGGAUUCAACCAUUUCGAUGGAAAUAUCUCAGAGCUAAAUUUUUCCAAACUUGAUCAACUUAUCAAACUUGAUCUCGUGAGUAAUCACUUCUUCGGCGGCCAUGCCAAAAAGCCUUUACUCAUGCAAGUAUCUGAAAGCAGUUCGUCUGAGCGGAACAGACUCACCAAUGUCACCGGCGCUAUACAUUUAUUGAUGCGUUUGGAAAGUCUCAGGGUGGUCGUGCUUUCAAAUAGUUUUCUAGGUGAAGAACUGCCGGAUGGUGAUGCAAUGAUUGGGUCUGGGUUUCAAAAUCUCCACCUUUUUAGCUUAUCGAACUGCCAACUUAGAGGUCAUAUUCCGGUGUGGAUGUCGAAGCUCAAGAAACUCAGAGUCCUUGAGCUUUUCUCACUUCAAGCUCUUGUAUCUGAUAAGCCUUCCGCUCAAACGGAUAGUGGUGAUGUCGAACUACCUAUCUAUGCGCGUCCCCAGAAUGGAUCUGUCACAUCUCUGCAGUACAACUAUCUGUCCAACUUGCCGCCAUCUAUUAGCUUCCGAAAUAACAGUCUAAGUGGCAACAUUCCCAUUGAGAUAGGCCGGUUGCAAAACCUUCACCACCUGGAUCUCAGCAUCAACAACAUCGAUGGCAGCAUUCCUGACCAGGGUUUGGUUGAUAUAACGUCGAGAUUUCUCCAAUCUCCGUUCAUAUUUGGUUCCCCAGUUGGACCCCCGUGUUUCCCACGAUCGAUAGCCUCCCAGAACACGGCCACCUGCAGUGGCGGCGCUCCGGCAACCGUUCCCAGCAAAAGCCGGGGUGUUCCUGGUUCCAACCCGAGCCCUAGUGGGCUCUAG